AUGGUCUCCCCGGCCAUUGCCUUGGCUUUUAUCCCCUUCGUGUUCUCUCUUCUCAUCCGCUACCGCCACUACUUCUGGCUCUUCUACCGAGCGGUGCUGGUUCGAUGUCUCCGGGACUACCUGACUGGGAUCCCCAAGGAGGACAGGGCCUUCCAGUACAUCAUGACUCACGCCAUCCCCGGUGACCCGCUGCACAUCUUGGAGACCUUUGACCAGUGGAGCUACCACUGCGAGUACCUCAGCAAUUUGGGACCCCAGAAAGCAAAGAUCCUGGAGCGGCUGAUCUAUGAGAAAGCGCCCCUCACCGUCUUAGAGCUGGGCACCUACUGUGGCUAUGCCACCAUCGUCAUGGCCCAGGCGUUGCCCCUGGGCGCUCGUCUGUGCACAGUGGAGAUGGAUGCACGCAAGGCCUCGGUGGCUGAGAAGGUCAUCCGCCUCGCUGGCUUCGACGACGACAUGGUGGAGCAAGUGGUGGGGCCCUCCGAGGAAGUGAUCCCUCAGCUCAAAGAGAAGUACCGGCUGUUCCAAGUGGACUUUGUCUUCAUGGACCACUGGAAGCGCUGCUACUUGAGGGACCUGCAGCUGCUGGAGGCCCAUGACCUCCUCCCCGAAGGGGCCACCAUCCUGGCCGACAACGUCAUCUUCCCUGGGGCACCCCACUUCCUGCAGUACGUCAAGGCCUGUGGCAAGUACAAGUGGAGGAUCCACAGGACCAGCCUGCAGUACUUCCGGGGCAUCCGUGACGGCAUGGCCCAGAUCACCUACACGGGCCUGCAGUGAAGAAAGCCACUGGUGACGGGAGCCUGAGCCGCCCUCUCCUCCCCUAGCCUGAGAUGGGGCCACAAACUGCAACGGGCCUUCCUCCCAACCGGAGGAAGGGGGAAGCCACCACGUGAUGGCCUGCCCAGCUGUAGGCAACCCAGCCAAUGACUCUGCUGUGCAGGGUGGGAGCCUCAGUGAUUCUGUCCGCAUGCAAAUUUCCCAUUAUUGUUGAGAAACCAUCUCUGCUUCUCAUGACAUGCAAGGAAAAGUCACAUCUGAGCAGCACUCAGCUCUGCCUGCUCCCACUCUCAGAGUUUGAAACCACCCCUGCUUCCAGCUGAUCUCAACCUCCCACUUUGCAAACUGGAUGAGUUGGGAGUUGCUGGAUAACGCAGAUCCAAGGUCCUUGCUAGGCACGAAGGUUGA